GUGAUCGCGGACGCGCGCGAGUUCCGCGCGCCGCUGCCGUCGGCGCUCCACGGCGCGGGGCUCGACCUCCGGCCGGCGACGAUCACCGUGGGCGACUACGUGCUGUCGCCGGAGUUGGUGGUGGAGCGCAAGGCCGUGGGCGACCUCCACGGGUCGCUGCAGUCCGGGCGCCUCGUCGCGCAGGCCGAGGCCAUGGGGCGCCACUACGCGACGCCGCUGCUCCUCGUCGAG